AUGAACGGCAGGACCGCGAUGCACCUCGCCGCAGCGCAGGGGCACGUGGACAUGGCGCUGAAGCGGUUGGGCGCGACGCUGCGCCUGCCGGAGCACGAGGAGGCGUCGCUGCUUUGCAACGCGGCUGCAACGUCUGACGCCGGCUUGCUGGCCUCCCUCCUCGCCGCCGGCGCCCUCCCCUCCGCGUGCGAUUACGACGGCCGCACGGCGCUUCACAUCGCUGCGUGCGCUGGCUCGCCAGUGCUGGCAGGCACACUUUUGAGGUCCCUGCGCCGCCCGAUUGGCUCGCUCAAGGAUCGGUGGGGGCACACGCCCGAGGACGAGGCGAGGCGGCGAGGGUUCAAGUCCGUGUUGGAGGUGCUGAGAGGGACACGCGCCGAUGGUAGGUAA